AUGAAUUUAUUAAAUAGAGUACUACUUAUGUUUUCUAUAAUUCACAUUUUGAAACCUGAUCCAAUAAAUCGAAAUAUAGUAGUUGAUGGGAAUUUUGAUGAUUGGUUAGAUGUUCGAUCAUAUACUGACCCAGUGGAUAAUAUAGAUGGUACGGUUUAUCAAGAAAGUCCAUGGUUUCCUUCAUUAAAAAUUCCAGAUUGUCAUGAUACAGAUUCACAAAAACAAACUGAUAUACCAAAACAUAUUUAUAAUCCAAAUGUAAACAUAGUUGAAUUUAAAAUAGCUCACGAUAAUUCGUCAUUAUAUGUAUAUUAUCGUGUGGUUGAUGAUGGAGUCAUUGGUAAGACUUCAAUUGGACCGGGUCUAUUUAACGAGAGUGAUCCAUCAAAACCAUCAGCUGGAAGAUUUUAUAUAAUAACGACAGUUAAUAUCGACAUGAAUGACACAACAGGUUAUUGGCUACAUGAAGGUGGUUAUUAUCCAACUGCGCCUGGCUUUGAUGGAAAUUUUGAAAUCGAAUUCUAUAAUGGUACAUUUAAUCAAAACUAUUGUCUUGAUCAUGCUGCUAAUACUACCAAUGAAAACAACUAUACAAGAGAAGAAAAUAUACAAAAUAGAUUUUCAUUUCGUCGUGCCUAUUAUGAUUAUUACACUGAAUACGUUUAUUGGAGAGAAAAGCCAACUCCAGAUGAAACGAAAAGAUGUUUAGAUGGACCAUAUGAGUUACCUGCUCCAUAUGAUAAUCAUUAUGUUUGCUUUUCUCAAGACCGUGCACCUGGACCAUUCAAUGGUAUCAUAACUUAUGCACGGAGUGCAAAAGGCAACGAAUUGGAAAUGCGAGCACCAUUCCAAGGAUUUUUAUUAAACAAAGAUACAGGCCUACCAACUUUACAAUUGGGAAUGACAGUAAAUAUAUCUUUAUCCUUAGAAACAACUGAAGAAUAUUCAAUACCCCAAGAUUGGGCUUCGGAUACAACAGCAACAAUUCAAUAUACAUUAUCAUCAAGAUGA